AUGAUGUUUCGAGUGUGUUUUAAGAAUCUCAAUCAGCAGUCGUCAAAGUGGGAUGAUCAAAGAGUUGUUGAAGCUGAUUUCCCAGCAGUAAGAUGGGGUAAAAGUACCGAAAAAACUUGCUAUAUCUGUGGAAAGGCAGUUGGAACUGCUAAGCAUCUGCUGGUGGGAUGUAAGGUACUCCUGGACAGCGGUCAAUACUCGCGUCGUCACGAUAGGGUUCUAGAAGUCAUACGUGAAGCGGUUAGUCUUUCGGUAGCCAGAGCGCAAAAGGAAAUAACCACAAACGAACGAUCAGUAGGUUUUGUGAGAGAAGGCACUAGGGCUACAAAAUCAAACGUCAAGCCUUACUCCAUCCUUAAAGCGGCGUCGGAUUGGACUAUAAUGAUGGACACGUAUGAAAAGCAAUAUAAAAUCCCCGAGGAUAUUUGUGCGUCGGCCUCCAGACCGGAUAUAUUUUUGUUUUCGCGAAUUUUAAAGCGCGUAGUGAUGAUAGAGCUUACGGUCCCUUGGGAAACCAACAUCCCCAAAGACCAUACCAUCAAGGUCAACAAAUAUUACGAGCUCACAAACGAACUCACUCGAAAUAGGUUCGUAGUAGAUUUGUACGCGGUAGAGGUGGGAGCGAGAGGUAUAACAGCGAAAUCUCUCUACAACCUACUAAAGGACUUGGGCUUGUCCAGAACUCACAUUAAUGCAUUCUUGGAACGUAUAUCGAAGGCAGCCCUAGUAGGUUCUUUUCAAAUUUGGUUAGGUAGGGAGAGGAGCUUGGACAGUGGAGGUGAGCGUAUAACGCGCGUUAGUUAA